UCUGUUAAAAUGUCUCGAUAUUACUGCGGUUACAAUCCGCCACCUCCCAACAUCAGUAAUUUUCUUCGGAAAUAUAAAGAUCGACUGCAGCGUCUUCCCAACUUUGGACAAAUGCGAAAGUCUUGGGAAACCCACAAGAGACCCACACUGGUAAUGCUCCAUGUCUUUGCCGAUGACUUUGAAGCUCUGGAGAAAUGGGUGGAGAUAGCCUACAGACUAGCUGCCCCUGAAGCUCUCAGCGUGAGAAUGGACGUUUACGUCGAUGAUAUGUGGCAGUCGUAUAUCUUUAAUGAGGACGACUUUAGCUUUUUCCGGGACGACGAUUCCUUCACCCUGGAUUCAUUUCCACUGAUUUACGCCGUAAGUGCGACUGGUGAAGUGUUCUUCUUUGGCGAUUUUGCUGGACCGAAAUUGCCCGAUCUGGAUAGCCUAAAGAAUUUCUGUGAACAGGUGAUGAACGGGACUGUAAGGGAGCCCACCUCAAAGGACCCCAAAGUGGAGGUUAUAAACUUAGCCAGCUGGAACGAGCUUGUGUACGCAUCUGAUAAAGAUCUAGCCGUUUGUUUAUACAACUCCCUGCAGAAUGGCACGGAGAUUAACAAAAGCCUAAUGAUUAAUCUGGAUAGGCUCGGCGAAAGUCUGAAACAGGAGUCAGUGCGACUGUACAAAAUGGAUGUACAUGGUGUUAGUGUCCCCAAAAAGUUCAAUGUAGAAUCUGCACCCGCCUUCUUUAUCCUGCAAGAAGCUCAAAAACAUAACCCUAUUCGAUGUAAAUAUGAGCUGGGCACAUGGACGAUGCUGAGAUUUGUGGCCGAAAAUUCCAGCGAGGAGCUUAAAUACUACAACCGUCGAGGACAUCUAAGACUCCACGCCAAUUUGCUUACCCAUAUAAGGGACUUCUUCGAUUUAAGCCACAACAAAAGAGGUUUUCUCAUGUGAAGGGAUCCUGAAAAAGAACUUUGCAA